AAUACAUUAGCUUUAUAAUAAUAUACUAUAUAAAUUACCGAGAGACACAUUUGUACUCAUUUUUACACCGGUACACUGAAUAUCUUAUGUUAAAAAAACUCUGCACUGUUUCGUUUCCCCCCUCCAUCCAAGUGUUGCCAUGCUCUCAAUAUCAGUAUGGGUGUGGUAAUCGGCUCUGUGAAUUGCCUUGAAUCUAGUAAAUUUGGCGCCCGCUGCCUUGUUUUGGAUUUUAACGAAAUGACCAAAUUAACAUUUUGAAAAAAAAAAAAGAAAAGAAAGAAAAGUCUGCUAACCCUUACACGCGGCAGGAGGAUUUUGUGGUGUUUCUACAUCAGUUUUAUCAAAGCUGGGUGUUUCACUACCUGGAGGACCAUGAGUGAGCUGGAGCAGUUGCGGCAGGAGGCCGAGCAGCUGCGCAAUCAGAUCAGGGAUGCCAGGAAAGCAUGCAGCGACUCCAGCCUGUCCCAGAUUACAGCUGGUCUGGAUUCAGUUGGAAGGAUCCAGAUGAGAACAAGGCGGACCCUCCGAGGCCAUUUAGCCAAAAUCUAUGCCAUGCACUGGGCCACUGAUUCCAGGUUACUAGUUAGUGCCUCACAAGAUGGCAAACUCAUCGUUUGGGACAGUUACACCACAAACAAGAUUCAUGCCAUUCCAUUAAGGUCAUCAUGGGUGAUGACUUGCGCCUAUGCUCCCUCAGGGAAUUAUGUAGCCUGUGGAGGCCUGGACAACAUCUGCUCAAUCUACAGCCUUAAAACCCGUGAGGGCAAUGUCAGAGUCACCAGAGAACUGCCAGGACACACAGGUUAUUUGUCAUGUUGUCGCUUUUUGGACGAUAGUCAGAUUGUCACCAGCUCUGGAGAUACUACAUGUGCUCUUUGGGACAUUGAGACCGGUCAGCAGACCACCACAUUCACAGGGCACAGUGGAGAUGUGAUGAGCCUGUCCCUUAGCCCAGACUCUAGGACCUUUGUGUCGGGUGCCUGCGACGCAUCUUCCAAAUUGUGGGACAUCCGAGACGGAAUGUGCAGACAGUCUUUCACUGGACACGUGUCUGAUAUAAAUGCUGUCUGUUUCUUUCCAAAUGGUAAUGCUUUCACCACUGGCUCGGACGACGCCACUUGCCGUUUGUUUGACCUUCGUGCGGACCAGGAACUGAUGAUGUAUUCGCAUGACAACAUUAUCUGUGGCAUCACCUCUGUGGCCUUCUCCAAGAGUGGCCGUCUGCUGCUCGCUGGCUACGAUGACUUCAACUGCAAUGUGUGGGACACACUAAAAGGAGAGCGUGCAGGCGUUCUAGCUGGGCAUGACAACAGGGUCAGCUGUUUGGGGGUGACCAGUGAUGGCAUGGCUGUGGCCACCGGUUCUUGGGACAGCUUCCUCAGGAUAUGGAACUGACCUCACUUGGCGGGACUUCGGGGAGCUACUCUUUCUGAUCACUGAGUCACUGUAGUGCACCACUGCCACACAGGACCCCUCCCUCUUCUUCUCCUCCUUACCGACGCCCUGGUUUUCUUCUCUCUGCACUAUCCCACUAUCCUACAGUCAGUCAAAGAGGUGAGGACCAGCAGUGAAGAGCCUCAACUGGCUCUCUCUGUCUCUCUGGCUUCACAUCUCGACUCGAGAGUUGGAACAGACUGUGUUGUGUAUAUAUCCGCCAUUCUUUAUGCUUGUAUGUAUAACAUAUGCACUUCUGACAGUGUUUGGAUGUUCUGGCCUGUGGAUACUCGUGAUGGGUGUCUUGGCUGUGCCUCUUUUCUUUUCCUGCGUAAUUUUUUUUCUUUGUCUCCAAUCACAAUGCUAUUUGCCACACACAGUGGCCAAUGUAAUGAACCGAAGGAUGAUGCUGCCACAGUAUUGUAGGCCAUCAGUGUUUGAUCUAUGACCCUUAAGUUUAGUUUGCAUUGGUUAGUUUCAUCAGUGUUGGUCUGUUCUGUCAUAAAUGGUUCAGGCUCGGGGAGGUAGUGUGUAGUUGUGAGAGAAACACCAAUGUCACUGGGCUUGUGUUUGCCAUCCUCUAAGCCUGACAGAAAUGUUUGGCUUGUUUCAUUGUAUUAGACUGUAUAUUACUGACUGCACAGAAGGAUUUACCAUCAGCCUGUUUGUCCCUUCUGUCUUUACUAUCACUAGCUAUACUCCUGAGAUUUGCUGCUUUUCAUACUGAUCCAGCUGGACGUGCGUGGUGCAUAUAAAGGGAUAGUUUACCCACAAGUGAAAGUUGUUGUCAUUUACUCACUCAUGUUGUAUCUAUGACUUUUAUUUCUUCUGUCAAAAUUAGAACAAUUCUGAAGACUGUGCUGUUCUUUGUUUUCCAAGCAAUCACAAUAAAUAGGGACUGAUGCAUUUAUGCUUCAAAAACAGGAUACAGAUGACUUGUGCUCUACAUACCAAGUCUUCUUAAGGCAUACAAAAGACUGAGUGAGAAAUGGACUGAAAUUUAAGUUGGUAAUCUACAUUGAACCUUUGCAUCCAGAUUGAGUGGAUUGAACGUUGAACUCAAGAAUUGAAUUGACACGAUUUGAAGCAAUUCAUGAAGGCUCCAGGAAGACCUAGUGCAUUUGUCGCAAUUAUCAGUGCUAUGUAACUGCCUCGGGUCUGUUUUUUUUUUGUACAGCUUUAGAAGACAUUGAGUAUGGUGCACAAAUCAUAUGGGCCUCUUUCAUGGUGCUUUUACAUGCAUGUAAGCACAAAAAAAUCAUUUGAGUUUGGAAAAGUUUGAGGGGAGAGUAAAUGAUGUUGCAUUUUAGCUGUGCUUUUUCUGGAAGGUUUGGUUUAGUCUUUAGUUUUAAUCCAAACACCAAGCAUAGCCUUUGAUGCUUUGUGACACUUUGCCAUUGGUUAGCAGGCUGGAAGUGCACAACUUAAUACCUAACAAGAGGCCUUGGUCACUGACACUCGGACAUUGUCUGCCGUCCUACACACACUAUGAACGUCCCCUUCUUAGAUGAGGAACUAUCUAGGACUGUAUGCUUUUGCACUAGAAAAUAGUCACUUCACGCAAAACGGCACACAUUGGUGUUUCUGCACGUAUUUGAAUUAAUGUGCUUCAGCUCUGACAAGAAAGCUGAAAAACUGUCUUGGGCCACGAGCUACACUGUGUGUAUAUUUCACAAAUGUUUGUAUUGAAGGCAUAGAGCCCUCUGCCAGUUUUUUGUUAAAAAAAAAAAAAAAAAAACACCUUAAAGAGUUAGUUCACUGAAAAAUGAAAAUUAUCCCAUAAUUAACUCACCCUCAAGCCAUCCUAGGUGUAUAUGACUUUCUUCUUUCAGUCAAACACAAUCGGAGUAUAUAUAUUAUAUUAUUAUUAUAUUAUAAUAUAUUAUAUUAUAUUAUAUAAAAAAAUAUUCUGGCUCUUCCAAGCUUUAUAAUUGGAAUGAAUGGUAAUCAAUAUUUUAAAGCCCAAAAAAUCAUCCAUCCAUCAUAUGGCUCCAGGGGGUUAAUAAAGGUCUUCUGAAAUGAAGCGAUGCGUUUUUGUAAAAAAAAAAAAAAAAAAAAAAAAAAAACAUUCAUAUUUAUAACUUUAUAAACUAGAAUCACUGACUUCCGUAUGCUGGUCGAUUCCGGCGGAAGAUUGAACUUUGACCUGAUGCAUGACAUUCUGAUGAACCUGGAAGUGCAGAGGAUAGAGCAAAACAAAACACGGUCACGAAUUAUAAGUCUAAAAUGGUAAUUUUUAAAGAGAAAAUGUCGGAGGACCUUGAGAUUUUUUUUAUUUUAUUUUUUUGCCCAGCCCUAUUUGUUUGAACUGUGAGAGGAGUCUACUCUCAUCUAAGCUUACGCUACUCCUACAUCCUACAUCACUGCAACUCGAAUCUCUUGUGAACACGUGGACGGACGUUACAGGAAGCUAGUGAUUAUAGUCUAUAAAGUUAUAAAUUAGAGCUGCACGAUUAAUCAUAUCGCAAUCGCAAUCGC